CCAUUGUGCUCUUUUAUCACAUCAUAAGUCCUAGAUCUAUAAUUCCCCCAUCGACAACUUCAAGCUUGACAUUUGUGUUCCUCUCUACCAGAAUAAGGCUGUUGACUGAUACUUGUUUCAAAACCUCAUAGUCAAACAGAAAGAGAAUUGCAAUCAGGGCCUAUUGGCACGACUAGAAACAUGGCUUCAGUGCGAUCCAAUAUACUUGAUACGAUCGGAAAUACUUCCAUGAUACAGCUUCAUAAUGUUGUCCCUUCAAACGGAGUUCGCAUUCUUCUAAAAAUCGAAAGCAGCAAUCCAACUGGCAGUAUGAAAGAUCGUAUGGCUCUUGCAAUGAUUACUGCCGCCGAAAAGGAUGGCCGUCUUAAACCAGGCGGUGCUGUUGUUGAAUACACUGGUGGCAGCACAGGAGUUUCGCUGGCAUUGAUUUGCUCCGUCAAGAAAUAUUCGCUUCAUCUAGUAACAUCGGAUGCCUUUGCGAAAGAGAAGCUUGAUCACAUGAGGCUCCUCGGCGCCAACUUGACCAUUAUACCAAGUGAUAAUGGCAAGCAAACUGAGAAGCUGACCAAGGACAUGAUUCGGGAGGCAAAAUCUAUAGCCGCCAAAACGGGAGCAUAUAUCACUGCUCAGAUGGACAACACCGACCAGCUAUCCGCUUAUACGAAACUCACAGAUGAGAUUUAUGAACAAGCCGAGGGCCGCAUCGACGCCUUUGUGCAGAGCGUCGGAUCAGGAGCUGCUCUUCGAGGUAUAUCAGAACGCCUUCGCCAGCUUGACAAUAACAUCCGCUUCGUCGCCGUUGAGCCAGCGGAAUCUGCUGUACUAUCGGGCGGUCCGUCAGGAUCUCACAAUAUUGAUGGUAUAGGAGCUGGAUAUGUUGUACCAUUAUGGUAUGAAGGUAUCGCAGAUGGAUUCCAGGGAGUGUCGACGGCAGAUGCAAGGGCCAUGGCAUUUCGGUUGUCUCGUGAAGAAGGUUUAUUCUGCGGGCUUUCAACGGGAGCCAACGUGACGGCCGCAUUGCGUGUAGCAGAAGGUCUCAAACCUGGGUCUACUGUUGUGGCCAUUAUGUGCGAUUCAGGCAUGAAGUAUAUGUCGGGAUUUUCUCAACAUCUGGAGCCUCUCCAGAAAUGA